AUGGUCUUUGUAUGUAGCGCGCGUAUAAAUUUUAUCACCAAAUUAUUCAAUCUUCUCAUGAUCCCGUUGCCCGUAAUUGCACAAGACGUCAUGGUGUUUGACGUCGCCCAUAUACGCAAACUAAGACUGUUGGGCAUUGCGGGGGUGCUUUCUGGCACUCUAUCGGCGGCUCCUCAACAAAAUCUUCUUCUCGGCGUCCCGUUAAGACUUUCCAUCUUUGACGCUAUUUGGCUUGUUAGAAACCACCAUGCCUUUUUAUACGACUCUGCUGCCUACCACCAAGGACUAACCACCACAAACAAUUCCGUAGACCCCUCAAUUGACAACAAAAACCAGUCCAAUUUUAUAACUAUUCCAUCAACCUCAUCGGCACCCGGACCACCUCCAAUUGAAUAUCAAAUAUCCAUUGACGAAUUUAUGCCCAAAGACACCAAAACUGCACAGCUUUACAAAGUUUAUAGCUCUCUUCGAAGCCGAGGGUACUGGGUUCUGCCAGGAUUGAGAUUUGGGGGAGAUUUUGUGGCUUACCCUGGUGACCCACUUUUGUUUCAUUCUCACCUAAUUGUGUCUCAUGCCGAUGAAGUCACCAACCAGGAUCUUGUCCAUCGGGGCCGCUUGGCUACAGGGGUUAAAAAGUUGUGGUGUGUGGUGGAUAGCAUGGAAAAGGCAUAUAGCAUAGAAUGGGCGGGGUUUGGUUAA